CCCUCUUACGUUAAUUGGGGGUGCAAAAGAUCAUUAUUGGCUUGUAGAGAACGCAUAGGGCAAACUGAAAUUAGGCAUUCUUUUUGUUUUCAAUUUUAUUUGACAUAAUAUAAUACUCUACUACAUAAUGGCUUUCCAAGUUCAAAACAAAGAGAGGGGGUUUGCCCUUAGGUUGGAAACUCUGCUUCUGCUUCAACUUCAGGUUUUAGCAAAAGCUCCAAAAGUGAAAUGGUGCUGAGGGUAAAAUCAUCGGAGAAAGUGAAGAAGAAGAAGAAGAAGAUUGCAAAAAUAGAUGCCAUGAAGCCUAAGAAGCCCCCAACUGCUUUCUUUUAUUUCUUGGAGGACUUCCGUAAGGAAUUCCAGGAGCAAAAUCCAGAUGUUAGAUCAAUGCGAGAUAUUGGGAAAGCUUGUGGAGAGAAAUGGAAAACAAUGACAUAUGAGGUCAUAGAAUCCUUAAAUUGUUUAAUCAGUAAUAGAAAGGUCCUGCUGAUUUGUGGUAAGUCUGGAGAGGCAGCGCAAAAUUACUAAGGAGAAGCUCACUUAGGUGUCACGCCCCAGGGAAAGUAGCCUUCUAGCUUGUUGAGUUUGCACUAUCAGAGAGGAUGUAUUUUAAUCUGUGCCGCCAUUUUAUUUCCCUAAGUCAUGGGGGCUAGUCCUUUCUUUUUGGCCAGAAGCGGUCUUCUAAGAAUUCAGAUUCACAUUAAGCACUACCAGAUCCAAUACUAUCGGACAAGGUUUUUGAAAUUCCAAAUCCAGCAAGUAAAUUCAGUGUGAUAGGUAGCUUAAAUUUGGAUCACCUGUUGAAGAUUGAAAUGCUGUUGGCUUUUUUAAGCAAGGUCUGAAUUGAUGAGACGCUGUAUCGCUUCUUGGCUUCAGCAGAUGGUCACUUUCCUAGAGAUUAGUUUUUUUCCCAUCUUAUUACAAAAAGAAAAAACAGGUAAUCAAGUAUAUCAGUACUGAACAACUGCUUCUGAAUAAGUCCUCAAAUUCUUGCCUGAUGAAGGGACACUUACAUUUUGGGACAAUGUUAUAUGUUUUCAUUCAACACCUGUAUAUGUUAAAGCACUUGUUUCCUCUGG